AUGACGCGACUAGGGACUUGGUUGAAGAUGCUCGGGGUGGGCACAGUGAUUUCUGUAGGAGGGCCAAUGUUUGUCCAGUACAUCCGGCCGUCGGAGGAAGAGCUAUUCAAGAAAUACAACCCCGAACUCCAGAAAAAGAGCCUGGAGAACCGCGAGCGACGGGAGAAGGAGUUUGACGACUACGUGAACAAAUUGAAAGAGUGGUCCAAGUCCGACAAGUCGAUUUGGUUUGCGGCCAAGGAAGAGGAGGCCCGGCGACGCGCCGCAAUGGAAUCCCAAGCCUCGCGCGCGAACGAAGAGGAACGGAUACAAAGGGAGGAAAUGAGAAGAGAGCUACAAGGCAGGAAUUGA